UUCUGAGCGGUGGCGCGGGGUCGGGGGGAGGCGCGCGCGGGGGGGUGGGGGGUGCGCGUCCGCCGGGGAAUUGUAUAAAGGAUUCGAGCAGUUUUUAUUUUAACAAAUAUAAAUAAAACCGUCAGAGCGAAAGCGAACACUUUUUCGUGAGAAUCAGACCUGGCUACGCUCUGAGGUAGCCGGCACAGAUAUUCUGCGCGCGCAGCAAUGGCGGUGAAUGCUGGGCUAUACAGCAGGAACAUAGGGGACUGGCUCGAGCUUCAGAACCAAUCGUUUCUGGCAUGGGUGAACCACUACCUGGAGCCCGCCGGGAUGAGCAUCAGCGAUUUCACGACGGACCUGUCGGAUGGGAUUAGGUUGAUCGUGUUGCUGGAGAUUCUGACGGGGACGAAGUUCGCGAAGUACGUGAAGAACCCGCGGUUUCCGGCGCAGAAGCUGGCGAACAUCUCGGAGGCGCUGGAGUUCAUGGCGAAGAAGUUCGGGAUCAAGUUCAUUGGAUGCAACUCGCAGGACAUCAUGGAGGGGAAGCGGAACCAGUGCAUGGGCGUGAUAUUUUUGCUGAUCAACAAGUUCAAGUCGUACUCGCUGAGUGCGCAGACGGGUCCGGGCGAGGCGGACGAGAAGUUGGCGCCGCUGCCGGACGUGAUGGUGCCGGUGGUGGAGAGGGUGGAGGGGGAGAGGGCGGCGCCGCUGGAGGGGGAGAGGGCGAGGCCCGGACAGCCGGAGGCGGCGCCGAGGCCGCCGGUGCCGCCGAAGCAGCGAAGCGCGCCGCAGGAGCUGGGCGAGAAGCGGAUUUCGGCGAUAGUGAGGGAGAAGUUGGUGGUGAGGCUGCAGGCGUAUUUCUUGGGGUACAGGGAGCGGUCGAGGUAUCGCGCGCUGCUGAGGGAGACCACGAAGGUGAUGAGGGCGUUCGAGGAGGGAGACGCGGAGAGGGAGUGGUUGGUGGCGCUGCAGGCGGCGGUGAGGUUGUACGCGGUGAAGAGCAUGCCGUCGAUACGGGCGAAGCGCCGGAGGAACGAGAUUGCGAAGGAGAUACUGACGACGGAGUCGACGUACGUGCAGUCGCUGAGGGCGUUGGUGGACGUGUAUAUGAGGAGGUUGGAGGAGUUGGGCGAGAGCGUGGUGUCGAUGCCGAAGUUGCGGACGAUUUUCUCGGAGGUGAAGGUGAUUUUGAGCUACAACGAGGUGAUUUUGGGGAAGCUGCACGACAGGAUGGAGAACUGGUACUCGAGUGGACAGCAGCUGGGAGAUAUCUUUAUUUAUUUGACAGAUUUUUUGAAGGUGUACACUGCGUAUGUGAACAAUUACGACGAGUCGAUAUCGGUGCUGCAGGACGUGUCCUGCAACCCGCAGGUGAGCGAGGUGCUGAAGAGCUGUCGGGAGGACCCGCGCGUGAGGGGGAUGGAGCUGUCGUCCUACCUGAUUAUGCCAAUUCAGCGCAUUCCGAGGUAUGUGUUGUUGCUGUCUGACCUGUUCAAGAACACGCCGGAGAACCACCCGGACUACCCGAACCUGAUGAACGCGCAGAAGAAGAUGGAGAACGUGGCGAGGUACGUGAACCAGAAGAAGCGCGAGGCGGAGAACUUGUUGGGCGUGGCGACGAUUUUGAGGCACUUGACCGACUUGGAGAACGCGAACGAGUUCAACCAGCCCCACCGGCGAUACGUGCGGUUCGGACAGCUGUUCGAGGUGGAGCCUGGGUCGGUCAUCCAGCAGAAGUCGCUGCGCACGCGCUACUUCUUCCUGUUCAACGACUUGCUGCUUUGUUCGAAGGAGCAGACGGGCGUGUUGGGCAAGAAGCGGGGCCUCGCGCUGUCGGACAUCGACUCGCUGAGGAACUCCGACGUGCAGUUCCGGUGCCUGUACGUGAUCGAGCUGAUGGACCUGAUCAUCAAUGAAAUUCCGGAGGUCAACAAGGUGAAGAACAUCUUCGAGCUGGUGAUGCCCAGCGGCAAGAAGAUCACGCUCGCGACGCCCACGUCGAAGCUGAAGGACGAGUGGGUGGGUGACCUCGACGAGAUGAUCAUGAAGUGCCUGGAGAACCACCGGUCGAGGGUGGAAAUUCCGCUGGAAGAAGAACAAGCGUGCGAAAAAAAUUUUUCGCACGACGCGUCACUGAGAAUUCCGACCUUCACCGGUCCGCUGUUCAAACGCAAUCUGGCGGGGCACUGGAAGAAGAAGCACUUCGUUCUGAUCGGCGACAUCCUCUAUUACUACGACAACAUCCUGUCGUCGAUGAACGACUCGUCUGAGCCGAAGGGCAAGAUUUACCUCCUGUUCACGAGCGUGACGUUCUUGUCCGUCAUGGACAGGCAUUUUUGCUUCCGACUUUGUCUGAAGUCGAAGGUCUAUUACCUGAGCGCCGACUCCGCGCACGCUCGGCUGCAGUGGAUCAACAUGAUUCGGUCCUCGAUUUCGAAGCACCUGAACCAAAUCGAGCUCAAUCAGCGCCCCGCCGACUCGGUGCGGCCCGUGUCGACCUCCGCGCCGCCCCCGCCGAGCGCGAUUCCGGUGGGGAACCUCAAGCGCGUCAAGAACAUCGGCGACAAGCGGCGCAGCAUGGAAUCUCCCGACGUGGCGAGCGCGGUCCCUCCGAAGCUGCCCCUUUCGGAGAUCUCCCAACGCGCCUCUCGCUCCCAAACGCUCUGCACGCCGCGGGGCGCCGACGACAAGCAGUCUCGACCCGCGUCGACGAAGCAACACUCGAAACGCCGGAGGAAAAAAUUCCGCGAAACGGUUUGCGAGCUGCGAACCGGCGAGCUGUACAAGUACUCGUACGGGUCCACGAAGAUCACCAAGUAUCGCAUGACCCUGACUCAAAAGAGCAUUCUGUACUAUCGCGGCAACCGGAAAAAGCCGGCCGGGAUGAUCGACCUGCUGUUGGUCCGAUCGCAGCCCCAGAAGAGGGCGGUCCCCGUCACCAUUGACGAUCUGAGCCUCUACGAGUUCACACUGCUCACCUCGGACAGGAACGUGGUGCUGGCCUCCGAGUGCGAGAAAGAGGCCAAUGGGUGGCUGGAGGACAUCAGCAACGCCCUCUCCAAUCUGUUCUGAGAAAAAAAGAAAAUAAAAAAAAAAAGAAAAUAUAAAUCGCAACGGUCGCAUCGCUUGGCA